AUGUCUCAGCGGGAGGAGGAGAUAACGAACAUGAAGCAGAUGAUAGAAGAGGCACAAGAGAGAGCGGAGGAAUACCAGGCCGAAUUGGAGGAAGGCCGAGAGGCGGACAGGUUGGAGGACGAGUUGAUUGAGGUGAGACGACAAAAUAGAGCGAGUCGUGACGUCAUCAAGGACAUGGAGGCCAAGUACAGGGAGAUGAUUGACAAGUGGAAACACAACGAGAACGUAUACAGGACAGUGUCACACAACUUCAAGUUCGACUUCUUGCCCCGUCUGGCGGCGGAGAGAGACGAGUUGAAACAGAAGAUAGACAGAUUUAAGGGGGAGGAGGAGGAGGUGGGAGGGGAGAUUGAGGCGAUCAGUGGGGACAUUGUGAGGAUAGAACAGAACAACAAGGAGUUGCGGCUGAAGGUGGAGGAAUUGACGUUCGAGCAGCGGCUCCUCAAAAACCAGAUCUCGAAGCAGGACGACACUCUGGGUGGUAAGCAGAGGGAGUUGAGUAGAUACCAGACGCAGAUCAGGAGUGGAGGGGAGGACCAGCAGCAGAUCAACAAACAGAUCAAACUGCUCCAGACCACCAAGGACAGAGUGGAGAAGAAACUCAAGUGGGGAGUGAACGACCUCAAGGAAGCGAAAAAUGCAUUUUCAGUGGCAAAAGCCAGACUAGUGGAGUGCUAUGCACAAGUCACUGAGAAGGUGGACCGAAUCCGAAACUUCCAGAAGGACCUCAUGUCUUGUGUGCUUGAAGAUAACUUCGACAUCUUCAUCGACAAAUUCACUAACCUCAUCAACUCAUAUGCUCAUAUUACUUAUAAAUAA